AUGUCUACAGAGGUCUUCCAGAUUGUCCCUCAGCCUUCGUUCCACGGGGAAACUCCGAUCAAACGAAGCGGUCGAACGAAGCGAGUCUAUCGCUGUAAACACUGUGCUAGGCAAUUCAAGCGCUCCGAGCAUUGCGCUCGCCACGAGCGAGUGCAUACCCAUGAGCGUCCCUUUCCAUGUAGCUUCUGUGAUCGAAGAUACGCUCGCAAGUCUGUCUUCUCGAAUUGCUACGCUGAAGAUGUUGCUAACUUCUCGUUAAGGGAUUUAGUCAAACGACACGAGCGAUCUCUGCACGCAGAAGAAUAUCAGGCUGCGCAUCCGACAGAAUUCCAAAAGAGGCCCUUCAAUUCCGAGAAGGACCAUACAACCACCCCGGAAGGUUUCCGAGUCAAACCAUUAACCCAGCAGAAACUGUCAGCUUCAAUGGAGCGCUCAGAACCUAGCCAGAGCCCGAGUUCUCCUUUGACUCCGCCAAAUGAGAACCUUGCAAUUGGGUUGAAUGAGCCUCUGGACAGUCUCCACACUCACCCUAAAACAAUGACUCCACCUAUGUACGGCAUCAAUGAAGCAUUCUUUCCGCAUGAAAGACAGUGCCCUCUAGACCAGUAUUCACCUCUUGCAUCGCCGACGGAACAAGGCCAAGACACAGUCCUCUCAAUCCCGCCUGGGAAUCCAUUCGAGACCUUCGUCGGCAUCGAUUAUGACCCCAUUCAUCUCCCGCCAGACCUCAAAGUAGUUACACAAUGCGUCGAUGAUGCAAGUCAGUCCUCUUACACACAACCCCGAAUCGAUGUGGAUCCUUUCUUACUUCUCGACGAUGGCCAAAGGUUGCAAGAGAUAGCAGUAGUUGAAUCACGACGCAAGGUUGGUCUACAAAUGGACGAGCAUUUACGAGAUCAGAGCAGACCUUCCCAUAUUAGCCACGAGCCUACCACCCUGAGAAAUAGUAUCCCUUCCCCUCACUUGUCUAGUAUAUCCCCAGGACCCUUGACCUUAUUCGGUAUCGACGAUCCUUGGCCUCUUUUUGUGCUAGAGCAGGGGCAUGAUUAUAUGGAACACUCUCCCAGAGUGCAGAGGGAACAAUGCUCUGAAUUGCCAAAAUAUACUUUUGACGAAUGGAUCCACCAAAAAAUAUGUGAGGAUGCCUAUACACGCACACCUGUCGGUGACGCUACAGCCGCGCUGCUUCCAAGCAUCAACGACCUGAAUAGCUUUUUUUCAGGAUAUGUGGAGUGUUUCCAUCGACACUUUCCCAUAGUUCAUCUUCCCUCGUUUGACCUAACAGAAACACCAAGCCCCUUAAUUUUUGCCAUAUGCAGUAUUGGCGCUCAAUACCGUCUUGAUAGACGUAAAGCAAAGAAUUUGUUUGCGCUAGCGGGCACAAUGAGCUCAUAUGCUCUUCGGGCUGGAUUGCCUAUCGCUACUGGUACACCAAAACCUGCUCCUAUAUGGGUUAUGCAAACAAGAGUUUUACUUUCUUUGUGUGGGAUCUUUAGCGGACUUAGACGAUCUCUGCUGAGUACGCCUCAAGAAUCUCAAUUGGAUUGGGAAGAGUGGAUUAGUAGAGAGUCCAGCAAACGGCUUCUAUGCGGGAUGUUUAUUGUCAGCAACCUAAUUUCAACAAGUUUCGGUAUUAAUCCUGGGUUUUCCCACACACAGGAUCUGGAAUUUGAAGUCCUUGACGAAGAGAAGCUCUGGAACGCGCGUUCGGCACAAGAAUGGAUGGAGCUUAGAGGGACCCAGUCAGCACCAAUUGGCAUUACCGUUCGAGAUGCAAUGGCGGAUCUCGUCUUUACAGAUCAGCCUGAAAACCAAACUCAGCCGUACCACAUCUCUGGUUUUACAAUGCUGCUUAUCACGCACGCAGUCAAUAUCCAUAUGUGGAGUUUGCUCCAGUUUACGGAUGUAUCCCGCCUUCAUUACUCCGACAAAUCUCCUUCUUCAGGCAUACACACUGCUUUAUUGGCCUCGGCAUUUUCCACGCUUUCAAGAUGUCAUCAGGUCAUUAUUAGUGUGAGAGGAGGAGAAAAUCAUAGCACCACUUGGAGCGAUACAGAAGGGCCACUUAUGUUCAACUGCCAGGCGUUAUUGCGAAUUGCACAUAUUCGGCUAUUCACUGACAUUCGCGCGUUCAACCGGCUCACCCUGCUCACGGACAAUCCAGAAGACAUUCUAAGGGCGGUAAAAGAAUACGCCGAAGCUCCACAACAACGCAGCGCAAACCUCACAAAGGCUAUAAUGAAAGCCUAUGAGGGUUUUUUGGCACCUAUUAAGAUUGGACACCUACUGGUCAGGAAGACUGCUGCACUGAGUUGGAGUAUUGAGCAUGCGGUUGCAGGGUGGGAUGCAGCACUGCUCCUUACCAAGUGGGUUCAUACCAUUGAGACCGAAGCACUAAUUCUACCCCCGGAUGCUGAAGAGGAUUGCAUUCUCGGAGGAUUAAAAGGGCUUCUCGUGGAAGUUGAAAGCGACUAUGAUGGCAGUGGCUCUCUUGCCGCAGCAAUUGCACGUAUCUGGUCGUCAUUUCUCAGCGAUGUCUGGGUAUGGGGAGUGACUCCGCGGAUGGGGAACAUUCUCCAACAAUUAGCACUCGCGUAUGAAAACCGCUUUCAUCCUUAAUGCCCGUUAAUUGAAGAGUUCGCCAUGAGAUUCAGGGAGCCUGAACUGAUAUCAUAAUGACGGGAACUCGGGAUAGGCGGCCACGUUCAAGUUCGAUGGCUGUUAGAUCGGAUAUCGAUUGGAACGACGGUUCAACAUAAUAUCAUCCUACUACGAGAAUCCACGUUAUUACUAUGCAAGGCAAGAACCCGUCCAUUUCACUCAGCUCUCUACGGUAUCAUCCUGUCUUAGCGCUCCCAGAAAGGAAAGAAAGGCACCUUGACACUUCUCAGCCUGGGUCACG